AUGAACAGAAGAGGAAACUUGGACAUUCGCGAUUAUCUGAAAAUAUACAUGGGAGCAAACCGUGGAAAGCCGCUGAAGGAGGCAGCAGGCGAAUACGUGCGACAACACUACCCCAACGCUUAUACGAGAGCGUAUUCCCUUCCGGAGGGAUACAUAUUAAAUCCAAAAGAAUUCAAGAAGAUAGAGGAAAAGGCAAGGAAAUACGAGAACGUGGAAAUGCCAACUGACAAUCGUUCCGUCGCGAUGAUGUUUAACUGCCUGAAAGAUGCAUUCAAACAUGUACCAUCCCUCACACUAGCGGACUACGCUUUCACGGACACCUUGCUCAAGGGAAUCAAUAAAAAGCAAAAAGAGAAAUUCAUAAAAGACUUCGGAGUGCCAAAGGAAGAUCUGGAGCCUGGGGAUCAUGAUGUUUUCGGAGUUGGAAUUUCUGGCAACGAUAUUGUGGGGAUGUUUUUCCAAGUCAAGAAAACACCAUCCAAUGUCAACCCGAAAACAGUAAUUGAUUCUUUUGCUAAAGCCACCAGACAAGUGAAUAAGGAUAUGAACAUUUUUCGCACAAUGUGCGGUGAAUUUCUGAGUGAGAGGGUAAAGUUAGCUGGUUUUCCAGCUCUCCCCAUGCUUUCACAGUCUGACUUGCUGGAACUCAGCUUAACAUGCACAACUCUCAAAUGCAAAAGUUGCAGAGAACGAAUUCUCACAGCGGAGGAUCUGGAAAGCUCAGCCAGUUUCAAAGCUUUUUUGACCAGACACGGGAUCGUGUUGCAAGACUCGUGGUGCCAGGAGCUUGAUUCUCCUGUCAUGAAAACCUUCAAGGAGAUAUUUGAUCUCUAUGUUUGCGCUGCAUCGGCUGUGGACCUCCCACGCAACCCAAUUCAGUUGCAUGCCAAAAGUGAAGAGCAAAUGCAGAAGAUGCUGGUGAUUCUCACUCCACAACAAAGGGAACUAGUGAAAAGUGAAUCCAAGGUCGUCCUCUUGUCUGGACUUUCAGGCACAGGAAAGACUUUCGUCUUGAAGGAAAGGGCAUUGCUUUUGGCAGAGAAGGGUGACGUUUUGGUGAUUAAUAUCGCUGGAGGGCACCUUACCAACGAAUUUCGACAGGAUUUUCAAGAAAAAGGGGACAUCGAAGUAGUUGAUGGGAGAAUGGAGGGACUCGAGGAAAGUAUUGACAAAUUGAAGAGAUUCCUGGAAGAGAAAGGACAAGGAAAGCAUAUCUUGGUUGAUGAAGUCCCCAUUACUUUAGGUUUCCUGGAUAUCAUCGCCCCAGAAGCCAUUUCUAAUCAUUGGGCAUGGAUUGCAGACUUGAGAAGUACUGUGAAAUCCGUUACAAUCAGUUUCAGACCCAAUGAUCAGUCUUACACAAGGGAUUUCCUCCUCGAAGAGGUUAAACCAGCUGGAUAUAACAUUACUGUCCUCGACACUGUGAAAAGGAAUACCGAGCAUAUAUCAAAAUUGUUUUUGGCCAUUGGGGAUUUCUCAAGGCGAGUUUUUGUAUCGUCUCAGCGCUCUUUUAAAAUGGAUUGGUGCGAGCCGGCAGGAGAAUACCUUCCUUGCUUCAUUGUGAUGACCUCCUGUCAGGCUCUCCAUCGGAAUUGCCGAAAUAAACUCAUUUGUGAGGUCGUGAGGGCAUCGUACGCCAUUCAUGAGGAAUCCUCGAAUCUAUCAAAGAGGAUGCCUGUCUUCAUCGUCGUCGAUGAUGAGUGGCGAAGAAAUGUUUUCGUGAACAUUUUCACUUUCUUGUACCCACAGUUCCGUCUUAUGUUUAGUGUCAACUCCAACAAAUUCCGUGAGAAACCUACCCUUUUGGACUCGUUUCCCCUCAUCGUCGUCACUGAGGUGGAAAUGAUGGGUUGUCACCCAAAGAACGUGUCCUUUGUCCUAGAUUUUCCCCGAUCACAAUGGCAAAACUACUGUCGAUUGAUAGCGACCACUGGAGAAAAUAAAAUCCUUGUAAUCGAGGAAGAAGAGUGGAGGAUGGGAAAAUUCUCUUUCGUUUCAAAUGACAUCGCUGGAAAGAAGACGAAAAAGGGAAGCGGGGAUCCAAGAGAUCUCAAUGCAAGCCUAGAGAUGGUAUGGCAAGAGUACAAAGAAAAAGACAUCCAGCAACUAGAUGUGUACCAUUUAUCCGUGGAAUCGUUCCCGGAAGUGGACUUGCAUACAAGUGGGAGGGAUGAAGAGGAAGAUGCUGAUGUGGAGAAAAUGUUGAAAUCUAGGUUCAGCCUGAUAUUUGGGUACCCAGUUUCUGGAAAAUCUCGGAGAAUUGAUCUCCUGAUCGGACGCAUUUCGGGGCGAGUCUUAAUUCUCCAAUCCGGCAGUCUUAUGUCUCGCCAAAUCCAAAGACAGCACUGGAGCGCGAAGUCGAAUUUGGAUCUUGUUCGAGCACAGAAAAUCGAGUCUCUCCAGGACAUCUUUGACAAUGUGGAAAGAGCUCAUAAGGAGAAAGAGAGAAAAAUAAAAGAGCUGAGGAAAAAAGAAGAGAGGGAAGGAAAGGUGAGAAAAAGGGAAAAUGAGGAGGAAGGAGAAAUGGAGGAGUCAGGUGUCUUGGUUGUGGUGGUCGAUGACUGCCCUUUGUUCAGCGAUUUUUCAGGAACCAUUGAGAAAUUAAACGAGAUGAGGGUGAAGCUCAUCCUCGCUUUCAAACCCCAUUCCGAAAACAUGUCAGAAUUUGCACUGAGUGAAACGCUAAAACUGCUGGAAUAUCAGCAAGACUGCACAGUGAUAGUCAUUCAAUCUCAACCGACCACCAUGGCUUUUAUGAAGCACAUCCGGGAAAACGAAACUCCUAAUGCGCUAAAUUUGGAUGCAAAGAAUCUAUCCUUGUCUGCCAAGCCCGCUACCAUCGUCCCAGGACCAUCCGUUCAAUAUAUUGACUUCAAAACAGAUAAAUGCUCUGGAAGACAUUUGGGAUAUAUAUGCUAUGGCGAUAGCACCUGCGGAAACACUGCAACCUUUCUAUCAUCCCUCAUCAAAUCAGACUUUUUCAAGGGGAAAAGCGAAUAUGACUUGCCUCACAUCCUAGUAUCGCACGAAGGCCAGGUAACACUACUGCGAGAGAAAUUCAGAGAUACUUUGCCUGAUGUCAAAAUAGAACACCUCCAAGAAUUUCGUGGGUGUGAGGCUUCAGUGGUCAUUUCACUGAAUGUGAGCGACGACUGGCUGCUGGAAGUUAUUUCCCGCUCGAGAACUCAGCUCAUCGUCAUCGAUAACCUUAUAAACCACGAACAUCUGUGGGCAACGAUGAAGCAAGAAGGACGUGUGGAGGCCAUCUUAUGUUCCCCGGACACUGAAGACGACAUAAGCACCCUCCUCAGAUUAGAUGAUCAGGAAGUAUUUCUCGAGUGUCCAUCCUGGGAUGAGGUGGGGAUUCGCAUUGGCGAAGAGGCGUUGAGAAGACAAGGAGUCUUGGAUGACAACACUGGUGCCAUCCUCCCUCUCUCUCCAGCGACGUGGCAAGCUAUAAAUUCAGACCUUUCCCCCACUUCAUCAUCUCCUUUUGCAGAUUGGGGGUAUACAUGGUCGGGAAUGAAAGAGGAAGUGCCUUGUGUUGAUGAGGACAGGAGGAGUAGAAUCCUUGACAUUCUAAGGCAAAAGGGCGUUGAAUGGGAGGAAGAAGAUGCCUCACCAACUCCCUUAGAGACAAGACGAAUUCGGAGGGCCUUUUUCCCCCAAGAAGAAGGACGUAUUGACUGGAUGGGGAUUCUCUUGGUCUGGGAGGAAUCCAUUUCGACAAAUGCCGAAUUCAUUCCAGUUGUCCAUCAUCUGGAUCGUCGGUAUCGCCAGAACCGUUUAAAUCGCCUUGAUCAGCAGUUUCGUUUGGAUCGACUGUAUCGUAAGGAUCGCCUGUAUCGACUAGAUCGUUUAUAUCUCCAAGAUCACAUGGAUCGCCUGAAUCGCCUGUAUCGUCAGGAUCGCCCUAACCGACAGGAUCGCCUAGAUUGUAUGAAUCGUUUGGAUCACCAGUUCCAUAAAGAUCGUCAAGAUCAUCUGCUUCUCUAUCAAGGUAGCAAGAUUGUUAAACUCUGUCGAAAUUGUGGUCUGACGCUUCAGGAAGAGGAGUUGGCUUGGAGCGCUGCGGGCCCAUCUUAA